AUGUCCAAACUGUCAGGCAGUUAUGUCACGAGGUGCGCCGAGCCUUCGAAGCGUGUGUCGAGUAAUGAAGGGACUUUUCUGCGAAGCGCGUACCGGGGCUCACUUCAUUUAGGGGGAGGUUCAGAGAAUGAUGACGUCCGAAGCCUCCCUGCCCAGCCGUACCACGUGAUUGCUUCAGGCAGUGCUUCAGAUUUGCUGCGCGGUUUGACAGCUCGCUACAGUCUAUCAACACCUCUGGCUGCAUUUAGAAUGCGGGUGUUUGAAGGAGAGUUGCGAACAGAUCUAUAUGUCAGCCAAGCCCAUCAUCCUGAGCACCACGUGUCUGCAUGCAUCAAAGAGGAGGAAGAGGAAGAGUCACCAUACAUUAAGCAAGAGGAGGACUACGUACCCAUUCAAGGUUUCAGCAAAUAUGUUUGUCCUGACGCUCAACAGCUAAAGAGAAAAGUACAACUUUCAAUCAAAAAGGAGGAGGAGGUAGAGCUGCCAUACUUUAAAGAGGAGAACAAUAUUACCAUGUUGAUUUGUGAGCCCUUGAACAGCGAUGGUCCGAGUGAGGCCAGCAGAGGGACGGCGCCUCCAAGCAGCACCUCAACAGAAGGAUCGCAAGCACUCGUUUUCAUCGCACCAUCAGAUAGAAAUGGAGCCACAUCACACUCACCUUACAAAGAUGAUGGUCAGAAGAAAUCUCACUGUGAUGACGAGCUCUGCAAAUGCUCUCAGUGUGGGAAAACCUUUGCUAAUAACUAUACUUGUCAUAUGAAUAUGAGGAGCCACACUGGUGAAAAUCCUCUUGUCUGCUCAGUUUGUAGUCAAAAAAUCACACAGAAGAGCAACUUAGACGGACACCCAAGAACCCACACUGGUGAAAAACCUUUUUCCUGCUCAGUUUGUGGAAAAAGAUUUACUCAGAAGAGCGCCUUAAACACACACACAACAACCCACACUGGUGAAAAACCGUUUUCAUGCUCAGUUUGUGGUAAAAGAUUUGCUCAGAACCAAGACUUGAAAGUACACAUAAGAACCCACACUUGUGAAAAACCUUUUUGCUGCUCAGUUUGUGGCCAACGAUUCAGUCAAAAGAGCAGCUUCAACAGACACGCAAGAACCCACACUGGUGAAAGACCUUUUUCCUGCUCAGUUUGUGGUCAAAGAUUCAUUUGCAAGAGCAACCUAAACACACACACAAGAACACACACUGGUGAAAAACCUUUUUCCUGCUCAGCUUGUGGCCGAGGAUUCACUCAAAUUCAACACUUAAACAGACACAGAAGAACCCACACUGGCGAAAAACCUUUUUCCUGCUUAGUUUGUGGUCAAGGAUUCACUCAAAUUCAACACUUAAACAGCCACACAAGAACCCACACUGGUGAAAAACCCUUUUCUUGCUCAGUUUGUGGUCAAGGAUUCAGUCAUAAGAGUAACUUAAAAGUUCACACAAGAACCCACACUGGCGAAAAACCUUUUUCCUGCUCAGUUUGUAGUCAAGGAUUCACUCAAAUUCAACACUUAAACACACACAUAAGAACCCACACUGACGAAAAACCUUUUUCCUGCUCAGUUUGUGGUCGAGGAUUCACUCAAAUUCAACACUUAAACAGACACACAAGAACCCACACUGGCGAAAAACCUUUUUCCUGCUCAGUUUGUGGUCACGGAUUCAGUCAUAAGAGUGCCUUAAAAGUACACACAAGAACCCACACUGGCGAAAAACCUUUUUCCUGCUCAGUUUGUGGCCAAAGAUUCACUCAAAUUCACAACUUAAAAUUACACACAAGAACCCACACUGGUGAA